AUGAGGCGUUUCCUGAGCAGAAAGGGCCGCUUCUCCCUGCGCCAGAGCAAGUCGGGAACUCGGAGUGCCUCCAAAGAUUUCUACCUCGGCCUCCCAGCCACCAAUCAGAACUGGCCAGAGGCAUUUGGCUUCCGACUUGGAGGCACUGGGCCCAGCUAUAUCCUGUCUGUUGUAGAAGGCAGUAGUGCCUACCUGGCUGGCCUACAGCCCGGUGACCAGGUGGUGGAUAUAGAGGGCCAGGAUGUGACCAACCUCAGCACACCGGCGCUGAUCGCUCUGGCUCAGACCCUCAAGACGGUCCCACCGAGCAUCGGGGUGGUGUCACGCAUUGAACAGAUUGACAUCAACCCUGGCCCAGAUGGCCGUUUUGGCUUCACCAUUGUGGGAGACAGCCCGCUAAUGGUUGAGGACUGCAUGCCUAAUGGUCCAGCUGGCCGCAGCGGCCUCAAGGCAGGGGACUAUGUCAUGGAGGUCAACGGCAUUCCAGUGAAGCACCACGAAACAGCAGCCGCCAUGAUAAAAGCAGCUCAGGGACGACCUCUGCGUCUGGGUGUGCUCAGCAUGGCUCGUCGACCAAAGCGGCUGAGCAGCAGCAUGAGGGUGCUGUCACAGAGCGGGGACAGCGUCAGGGAGAGCCGGGCCCACAAGGCCAUGGAGUUCAAUAAAAAAGUGGAGGAAGUGUUAGGAGAGGAGCCAGAUGUGAAGGAACAGCUGUUUGAGGUGCUAAAGCAGUAUGCUGCUGAGAGGGAUGUGGAGAGCCUGGCUGAGGCCCUGCCCGAUAUUCUGAUCACUGAGGAGCAUCAGCAACUGAUUGACAGUGUCAGGAUCUUCAUUCCCAAGAAGCACCGGGAGCGUUUUGACGAAGUGGUUUCCCAAAGCCUGAUGAGCCGGCUGAAGGGGCGCAGCUUUAGUGACCCCAGCCGCAGCCACCUUCGCCGUAGCCGAAGCGAGGAUCACCCCGAACGCCUUCUUGUCUCCACCCGCGCCAGCUCGGUGCCACGCACCCACGCAGAGGAAGGUGUGGUACCCCCUGCCCGAGGCAUGCGCAAGACCACGUCACUCAUAGCUGGCCACUCCAGUGGCACCACCACAAACUGCAGGACAGUGAGAGUUUGCAAGGGCAACAUGAGUUUUGGCUUCACUCUCAGAGGCCAUGCUCCAGUGUGGAUUGACUCAGUGAUCCCUGGAAGCCCUGCAGACAAAGCCGGUCUAAAACCAGGAGACCGCAUCCUGUUUCUCAAUGGACUGGACAUGAGGACCUCCUCUCAUGAAAAGGUAGUGUCCAUGCUGCAGGGAAGCGGUGCCAUGCCCACACUGGUAGUGGAGGAUGGGCCGCCUACAUUUACCCUUGCAGAGCAGGACCUCGCAGGAGGUGGCGUUCCCACAGAACGGGCCCGCUCUCCUGUGCUCAGCUCCCUCCAGUGGGUGGCGGAAAUUCUGCCCCCCAGUAUCAGGGUUCAGGGUCGCACCUUUGGGCAGCAGUUGGAGCACCUGCUGACCAUUCAGGAGAGAUACACCAUCUGCAAAGCAUUGGAGAACUUCUUCCAGCAUAGGAAUGUUGACACUCUGAUCGUGGAUGUGUUCCCGGUGCUGGACACUCCAGCAAAACAGGUGAUCUGGCAGUUUGUUUACCAGCUGCUUACGUAUGAAGAGCAAGAGCACUGCCAGAGCAAGAUUUCACGUUUUCUUGGAUACAAAUCCCCAGUUCCACCUCCACCACCACCACCUCCCCCUCCUCCGGAGCCCGAAGUUGUCCCUGAGCCCCACCGCCGUAGCAGUUCCAUGAGGGUGACAGGGACCACGUACAGGAGCAGUGUGAGGGGACGUAGCUCUGAUGACCUGGUCAUUGGUACACACUUGGGCAUGGGCCACCGUGCAGAGCCAUUACUGGAGACGGGGAUGAGGCUAGCUCCAGGAGAGAGACAGUCAGGAGAUGGUACCUCUCUCCCUGAAACUCCCAACAACCUCACUAAUCUGUCAGCAGUGUACGCUGAACUGGAGAACAUGUAUUCAGCCAAGAGGUCCAAGUCUCUGAAGAGUCGCCCGCCUCCUGCCCCUGAGAGUUUGCUGGAUCUGGACCCUCCGUCACGCACCGCAUCCCCUACGAUACACGUUAACACAGGUAGCCGCAAAGGCCCUUCAUCCCAUACAUCCUGGCCGGAGCCUCUCCCCAGCCCCCCACAAUCCCAAUUCUACCCAUCAGGGUUAACAAGCCAGACCAGUGGGGAGUCCAACCCUUACAUCAGCCUCGACAGUCCCCCUCCCUCACCUCCAGAACCCCCUGACUACCCGUCUAGCCCCCCUGCUCACCGCAGCAGCAAGCGCCGUUACACCUUCUCCAAACCGCCUCGCUCUGAAGACACAGACCGCUUUCUGGAUGCACUGAGCGAGCAGCUGGGACAGAGGGUGGCCAUUGUCGAUGACUUCUUGACUCCUGAAAACGACUAUGAAGAGGUAGAAUCACAUCAACACUGCACCAAGGAAAAUGGAGGAUUUGUUGCUCCAGAGCUCAGCAGCCCGAGUGAUGUCCAGAGCAGCAGUGGAGAAGAAAAUGCCUCAUCUCUGACCUACUCAUCUUCCUCUGAUCACACCCCACCCCCCAUGACCCCUCCUCCACCCCCACCAGUCCAGUUCAAUGAUCCCCUACCAGGAACAAAAAGCCUAUGAGGAGCCCAGAGCCAGCCCCAGUCCCUCCCCCACUCUCUUUCUGACCCCACGGAGCACCUAGAGCCCCCACCACCUCCUCCGCUCCCCCCACCCUGCUCCCCUCCACCUCUACCAAGACCUAGUCUGUCCAGAAUGGACUCCAACCAUAUGAGUGUAAAGAGGCUGCGCUGGGAGCAGGUGGAAAACUCAGAGGGGACAAUAUGGGGACAGUUGGGAGCAAAUUCUGACUAUGAAAAACUGCAUGACAUGGUGAAGUAUCUGGAUCUGGAGCUGCACUUUGGAACACAGAAGAGCUCCAAACCAUCCCCUCAGCUAGAAACCUUCAAGAAGAAAGAUGUUAUAGAAAUUCUGUCCCAUAAGAAAGCUUACAAUGCCUCCAUCCUGAUAGCCCACCUGAAGCUGUCUCCAGGGGAACUGCGUCAGAUUUUGAUGAACAUGGCCACAGACAGGCUGGAGCCAGCCCACAUCAAACAGCUGCUACUAUAUGCCCCCGAUGCAGAGGAGGUCAAAAAAUAUGAGGAGUAUAGACAGGACCCCAGCAAACUGAGCGAGCCAGAUCAGUUUGUGCUGCAGAUGUUAUCAGUACCGGAGUACCAGACCCGCCUCCAGUGCCUCCUCUUCAAGUGUUCUCUUCAGGAGAAGACGGAGGAGCUGAAAGGAGCAUAUGACUGUAUUUACAACGCCUCCAUGGAGCUGAAGACCAGCAAGAAGCUAGCUAAGAUACUAGAGUUUGUGUUGGCGAUGGGGAACUACUUGAAUAAUAGCCAGCCUAAAACCAACAAAACUACAGGCUUUAAGAUCAACUUCCUUACAGAGCUGAGCACAACUAAAACAGUGGACGGGAAGUCAACAUUUCUGCAUAUCCUGGUUAAAUCGUUAUGUCAACAUUUCCCGGAUGUGUUGGACUUUUCCAAAGAUCUUACGAUGGUUCCACUUGCAGCAAAAGUAAACCAGAGGAACAUCACCUCCGAUCUGAAUGACCUUCAUACGACAAUCCAGGACAUUCGCACAACUUGUCAGAAGAUGCCUGCGACUUCUGAUGACCGCUUUGCUGUUGUCAUGAGUAAUUUCCUGGAAAACAGUCAUCCAGCAAUCCAGUCUCUGGAGUCUCUCCAACAGAGAGCCAUGGAAGAAUUCAGCAAGACUGCCUCCUACUUUGGAGAAGACAGCAAAGCCACAAAUACCGAGGCCUUCUUUGGUAUCUUUGCCGAAUUCAUAAACAAGUUUGAGAGAGCUCUAAGUGAUCAGCAAGUUGCUGAAAUCCCGAAAAGCCCCAGGAGUCCACGAAUGGCCUCCCCGCUGGCCUGGUAACACACAUGCAUGUGUGGAGAUUACAACAUGCAGUUGUUCAUACAGAACACAGUAUACCCAAGUACACAAACAUCCUAUAUACAUAUACUAGUAUAUAAAUACACUAACAUACAAGCACAUAAACCACACAUCACAAUACCAAGCAAAAAAACACAAGUUAGAUGAAGGGAAAAGCAGAAAUAUUGGCAUCAAAGACAGAUAAUGUAGCUUUAGACCAGUGUUGUACUAUAUUAUAUGUAUCUUCAGUGACAAAGACCCGUCAGUAGACUGCAACCUUGUUGAACCGUCUGCUGUUUGAUAGUCGCUCAGUAACAUCGCAUAGUUUAAGUUAUAUUUCUCUAAGCCCUCUAAGUUUAGGUCAUUGAGCACCUGCGUAGUGCGGUACGACAGUGAUUUAAUAAAAUCUUUGUGGCAUAACCCCGAUUAAGACAUAGAUCCAAAAAUAGAUAUUUAAUUUAAAUAUAUUCACACUCGUUGGUUCAGAUGAAAGUACAAAAGCAGUUUUUGGAUUAGUUUGACCUUUUUAAGGUGCCCACCGCACUGAAUGUAACGUAAAUACUUUACUAAGUGAUGCUUGUUUUCUUAAGUAAGUCCUCAGCUUAGGAUGCAUUAUUUGCAGCACUCCUUUAGUUUCAGUAGAAUUUUCCAUUUUCUACCAUGCCAGCUGUGGUGGUAAGAUUUUUUUUUUGUAUUGCUCUUGUAUAAUGCUUAACUCCUGACCCCACCAACUUGUGUAUAUGAAUCAUUGGCUCAAAGUCACUGUUGGUGGAAUUUUCCAUCUCGAACGGUGCCAAUAUACCAGUAGGAUUUAUUUAUUUAUUUUUUGGAUUGUUCAUUUUGUUUCUGCAUUGCUCCUAUAUAAUGCUUUACUUCUUAUCCUACCAACAUGUAUGUAUAUAAAGGUGACACUGGCUCCAGUCUCGAAGACACUGAUAACAGAUUGCCGAAGUGGGAUUAUGUGGGUCUUACAGCGGGCACUGUGCAAUAAAUGAAUGUUUAACUGUAGUCCACUGUUUGGUGUUAUAUCUAUUAAAGUGUAAAUAGGGAUUAUAUUGUGCGUGUAGACUGUACAGAAUAAGCCAGAAUAUGAAGAAAAACAUAUGCUACAAUUUAUAAAGCACUUUGUUACCCAAGUAUUUCUUUUACUGAAUGUGUGAUAUGAUGGGACCAUAGAGUUAUACCACUGAGAGGGCGAAAUAUCAGUAAGUGUAGCAGCAUUUGAUAUCAUUUUCACACACAACUAAUAAUGCAGUAUACCAGCUGUUCAGAUAUUCCAGUGCUUUGUAAAAACUGAAGCUUAUAGCUAAUAUUUUUUGAAAUCAUAAGACAAAUUAUUACAGUAACAGUCAUGUGUGCAGUCAGUAAAACCUUUGUUUUCUAAUGGUAUAAGUUGUAAUGUUCUGGCUAAAGUACAGAAUGUAAACCUCUAAGGCAUUGGUGUCCAUUUAAGGCCUACUAAGUGUUAAGUCUGUGUUUUGUAUUGUAAUCUAAAUCUGACAAAUAUA